AUGCCUGAAGAAAUCCAACACCUCCGAGUCACUUACAAUGACAUUCACAACCUCAUUCGAAAACGAACUCCACAAAUUGCCAAGGAAUUCAAUCCUGACCUUUUGAUUGCAAUCGGUGGAGGCGGCUUCUUCCCCGCCCGAGUGAUGCGAACUUUCCUCCGGGGAGAGACGCAUAACAAAACCCUGCAAAUUCAAGCCAUCGGUCUCUCAUUGUACGAGCCCAUAGAAGGCAGCACUGCCGAGCAGAUUGGAAAUGAGGUUAUUCGAACGCAAUGGCUAGGACCCAAUUCUGGAAAGAUGCUCGUUGGGAGACGGAACCUCAUUGUCGACGAAGUCGACGAUACUCGAAAGACCCUUUGCUACGCUCUCUCUGAACUCAAGAAAGACGUAGAACAAGAACUCCUCAACUAUCCCGAGGACCAACGUGCCCAACUCCGUGAAGCAACCAAGUUUGCCAUCUUCGUCGUCCACAACAAGAAGAAGCCCAAGUUGGCUGAGAUUGAUGCUGGAACACCAUACUUCUCUGGAGACGACGUAGACGAUGUCUGGCUGGACUACCCUUGGGAAGCAACGGACAUUGAGGAACAUGAUAGGCUCGCCCGAGCAGACAGAGCUUAA